AUGAAGAAAGUAGACAAAAAUGAAUCAAAGCCAAAGGUUUCAGAAUAUUUGCCUAGAUGUGGUGUUACUGUUGAUUUAUAUUAUCCAGAGCAAAUGUCAAUAGAUCAACUGCUAGAAAUAUUUGAACGUCGAGGUUUCAAAUCUCUAGUAUCCAAUGUAAAUACAUUAGAACAUAUUGUAAAUCUUUAUUAUGAUCAUGUUAUGCCAAAAUGUCAUCGAAAUGAAUGGAUUGAUGAAUUCAUUGAAUCUACAACUAUCCAUCCUUCUAUUGAUGAUGAUGACGGUGAUGACGAUGACGAUGACGGUGAUGAUGAUAAUAAUAAUAAUAAGAGUAAUUUGUCAAAAGAAAAAAUGAACUUAAAUGAUAAAAUCACUAAACCUAAACGAAAUAUAGAUCAUCAUUUAGAUCAUUUAAUUAUUACUUAUGAUGAAAAACGAUUUACUCCUCAUUGUUCUAUUCAAACUUUAUCAUCAAAAGAACAUCAUCAGUUCAUAUGUAAAACAUCGAAUAG